AUGUCAAGUUCGCGAAAACGCCCCCGCGAGAGUGGUGUUGGUGAUUUACACAUCACUGUCGAGGCCCAACAAGCAGACGGUAUUCCCCCCACAGCUUGUGCCCGACAUCUUUCGUUGCUUUUGCAGCAGCGUCAACAGCAGCGGCUGCGACUUGCCGCGGCCCCUCUUUCUUUCAGCUAUGCACCCGUCACUGUCCUUUCGCCAUGGCAGCGGGUGACUCUGUCCUCUUUCCAGCGUCUGCACGGCAGUGAACAGGAUGAACGUCACGCCGUCGGCCUCCGCCGCGCGCUCCAGCGGGAUCUCGGGCGAUACAUGGAGGACACGAAACGCCGUGAAGAGCGCAUUCGAGCGGAGCAACGGGAGGCACGUGCAAGGCUUGGGGCUAGACUCUCCACCGCUGUGGGGAAAUUGUGGUCGAGGCGUGGGGACAUUUUCCAGCAGCUCCUGGCGGUCGAGUUUGACGAGGUGAAACAACGUCGGGCGGAGCAACGGCAGGAAGAUCUGUUGCGGGAAGCUGAAAACCUCACUCGCACGCUCUUGGAAAGCAUCUUUUCCGAUGUGAAGUGUAACGAUAAAGAUGAUGGGGGGAGAGGUGGGAACAUCAGUGAAAAUGUGGUUGCACUUCUGGAGGGCGGGGAUGAAACAAAUAUAAGCUGUGGUGCACAGCUGGAGACCUCACUGUCAUUACUCGAUACUCAAGGGGGCAGCAGGCAGCUGCGUGACUAUCAGCGCUCCGCUCUCCGUUGGAUGACAAACCUGUACAGCAGGGGGCUGAACGGUAUUUUAGCUGAUGAAAUGGGGCUUGGGAAAACUAUUCAGACAAUUGCAUUGCUUGCUUACUAUGCUGAGUACAAGAACGACUGGGGACCUCACCUUAUUGUCGUCCCCACAACGGUUGUGUUAAACUGGAAGGCGGAAUUCCAGCGCUGGUGUCCGGGUCUUCAGGUCAUUGUAUAUAUGGGCUCAAAAAAAGAACGACAUCGGGUGCGACAGGGGUGGAUGCAGGAGGAUGCAUUUAAUAUUUGCAUUACCUCGUACAACCAGGUGGUGAAAGACCGAGUGGUCUUUCGCCGGCGCCCAUGGGGAUUCCUCGUCCUUGAUGAGGCGCAUCAAGUUAAGAACUUUAUGAGCAAAAAAUGGCAAUCUCUCUUUGACCUUCAGGUCGAAUAUCGGCUGCUGCUGACCGGCACGCCUCUACAAAACUCUAUAAUGGAGCUUUGGUCUCUUUUUCACCUGCUCCUUCCGUCCGCAUCGGCGUUUAGCUCCGAUCAGGAGUUUCGCGAGUGGUUCAGUAAUCCCAUGGAGGAAAUGGUCACGGGGCGCGCCGCCCUCAACGAAGGUAUCGUGCGUCGGCUGCAGGCUUUGCUUCGACCUUUCAUGCUUCGACGACUGAAAAAGGACGUGGAGGCACAGCUACCCUCCAAGACGGAGAAGGUCGUCAUGUGCCGACUAUCACGGCGACAGCGAAUGCUCUACGAUGAUUAUAUGCAGCUGGCAGAAACGCGUGAGCGAAUUAGCGGUGGGGCGCGCGGCGUAUUGGGAGUUUUAUUGGCACUCCGUAAGGUCUGCAAUCACCCAGAUAUGUUUGAGGAGCGGCGAACCGUUACGCCAAUGGCCUUAGACCAUCAAAGUGAGAUUGUGAUUGAAGUCCCACGAGAUGUCUUGCUUCGUGGAAAUAACUACAGCGGCUGUUACAGGUUUCAGAAGUGGAGGUUAUGCAUCGACGAUGUAUCCCUCCCUUCCCAAAGAGGAGAACCGCAUGACGUGGCACGUGUGGAGGACGGCACCUUAUUCGACGAUUCCUGGUUACAUUGCACCAAGUUGUAUGUACUGACAGUAGAUCAUUGGUGGAGGAUGCAAGAACAGGAAAUCAGUCGGUACAUCGCCAGAUACUCGACUGAUAACUUCCAUUGGCCAUCUGAUGUGCCCCGGAUCCCGCCAGGGAACGAAGGGUUGAGUGAAGACAUCAUGUCGGUGAUACAGAACUACGUAGAGGAAGAAAUGAUGACGACGGACCAACGCCGACGUAUGACAACUACCAUACAGGUAGAGCGGUAUCAUAGAAUGAGUGCUUCAGUGUGUGUAGGGUACCCAAAUUGUCUUCACAUUGCUCUCCCAUUCCAGGAACAAGAGGAUGUGCGAUGGGGCGAAGGGAAAUGUUGCGCUUUGUCGCACUUACCAAGGGGAUUGAGGCCGACGUUGAGACAACGCGUCAACGCUGUUCUCCCCAUAGCGUUUAAGGUUGCUGUCUACGUACCAGCCGCGGUAGCCGCUCGACCUCCGCGGUUGCACUGUCGUCUACCGGUGGCCCAUUAUCAGUCAUUCCGCGCACACUGCCGAAGGAGCCUUGCUCCGUUGCUUGCCAUAGCUUUACCUCCACCAGCUUCGCAAUUUUCUCGUAAGACGAGUAAUCGCGCAAACUUAUUUGAUGCUUCGCCCUUUCUUUACGAGCUUUGGCCACUCUACGUCCGUCGUUGCUUCAGCUUCCCAGACAGGCAUCUGCUUAUUCACGACUGUGGCAAACUGCAGUUCUUGAAACACUGCCUCAAGCAGCUGAGGCGGGAGGGGCAUCGUAUGCUUAUAUUCACACAGUUUGUUCACAUGCUCAACAUACUGGAACGCUUUUUAGCCCUUAUCGGUUUGCCAUACCUGCGUAUUGAUGGUAGCACGCAGCCGGAGCGGCGCCAGGCAUACGUCGACUGGUUCAAUGAAGAUGAACGCAUUACGUGCAUGAUUUUGUCCACCCGCUCGGGCGGCAUCGGACUCAACCUGACAGGAGCGGAUACGGUGAUUUUCUACGACAGCGACUGGAACCCUACAAUGGAUCUCCAAGCGCAGGACCGUUGCCACCGCAUAGGACAAACAAAGCCGGUGACAAUAUAUCGGCUUAUCAGUGAGCAUACCGUGGAAGAGAGUAUUUUGCAAAAGGCACGCGAGCGGAAGAAACUCAACAAUGUGGUCAUCCGUGGAGGGCAGUUCCAUGCCAUGGCAAACGUGGAUGACGUCUAUGAAGACACUAGUGCAGCCUUAGCUGCACUGUCGAAUCCCGUGCAGUUGCGAAGCUUUUUCCACGAUUUGGAUGAAGACGCCACUGUCGUGGCGGACGACCCUCUUCCAGGCAACGGACACCAGGACAACGGUGGACGCUGUGACAUUAAGGAAGGUAGCGGAACAGAAAACAACGAAGCAGUGGACAUCCGUGUGGAAAUGAUGAGACUGGAGGAUCAAGAGGAUCGCGAGGCACAGCAGAAUGUGGAGGAGGAACUGCGCAAGCUUGAGGAGCAGAAGCGGAACGAUGAAGAGGAACUUGGUGAUGAAGAUAAAGAUGAGGAGGAUGAGGAUGAGGACGGGCACCCACAGCAAAGGAGAGGCGAAGGAAGAGAGGAAGGGGAAAUGAUGGCAGACCCGAUGGUUGCCGUCAGCCUCAUGUCGGGACGCGGAUCGCCCGCUGUGCUCCAGAAACGACGUGACAUAUUGAGGCGUCAGCGGACUCCCCUCGACCAAUUGCUGUCGCUGCAGUACGCUGUUUGCCACAACGUCGAAGCGCGACGGCGUUACGCUGGGUUGUGUGAAAGUUACGCACGGCAAGUAGGUGAAGAUGAGUUGCCUCUAUUUACGGAAACAUUUAACUCGUAA